GAGAAAACCGUCUCUCCUUCUACCUAUAUAAGUCAAGCUUUUUCUUUGAGACACUAUUGUGUAUCUUCUUCAGCUAAGUUUUUUGAAAAAUCCAACCUAUUGGGAAUCGGAGGCAAGCCAAAAUAAUGGCGUGGGACUCCAUCAUCUGCUUCUUGUUGAUCCUACUCUCCACGUUCCAUCAUGCUACCCAUGCAGCCCCCUCCUCCAAGAUUGGCAUAUGUUAUGGCACAAAAGGAGACAAUCUGCCAACUCCAACAGAAAUCAUAGCCCUGCUAAAAGGUUGCAGCAUCAAGAAACUGAGGCUCUACGACGCCAACCCUCAGCUGUUGGAAGCAGUGGCAGCCAUUAUAAAGCCGCCGGACGUGCUGGAGCUGGCCAUCGCCGCGAGGAAUGAGGAGCUGGCCGAUCUCGCUGCAAGCCCGGAUGCCGCCAUUGAUUGGGUUGGCAUGAACAUUCUCCCCUUCAGGACCCCAGUGCUUUCCUUCCAAGACAUUUUGGUCGGCAGUGAGGUGGCUCCCGGAGAAAACGCCCGCUACAUCGUCGCCGCCAUGCAAAACCUACGUUCCGCUCUCCGACACGCCAACAUGACCGAGAGCACGGUCUCGACCGUCGUCUCUUUCUCGGUGCUUCAGAACACCUUCCCUCCUUCCCAGGCCACAUUCACCCCAGAAGCCAAUGAAAUCAUGAAGGACUUCGUGAGUUUCCAGCUGAGCUUGCCCUCAGGCAUCAGAGGCUAUAUAUACAUCAACAUAUACCCUUACUUUUCUCAUGCUGCCGACCCGGAACAUAUCUCUUUGGAUCAUGCGUUGUUCCAAGGGAAGGCUCCGAUGCUCAAGGAUGGCAACCUGACCUACUGGAAUCUCUUCGACGCAAUGUAUGAUGCCUUCCUGUGGGCUUUGGAGAAGGUUGGUGGAGCCGAGUUGACGGUGAUGGUAGGGGAGAGUGGCUGGCCGUCUGCAGGCAAUGGUGCGUCGACGACCCCGGAGCUCGCCAGCACCUACCUUACCAAUUUCUACAACCACAUCAGCGAAGCUGGGACUCCCAAGCUUCCCCCAAAGGUGGGCUUUGAAGGAGCUUAUGUGUAUGCGCUCUAUGACGAGAACCUGAAGCCUGCAGGAGUGGAGCAGCACUUCGGUUUGUUUUAUCCCAAUAUGAAACCUGUGUACACCCCUAACCCAAUGUGUCAUAUUAAUUAGGUGUCCGUGACUGGUUGGUCCGUGAUUUCAAUAUCAGUGCUAGUCCGUAUGGAGUCAUAGUCGCAUAGAACUGCACGGAGCACCUCACCAUUUUGCUUCCUUUUUUUUUUCCUCCGAAAACGGAAGUUUCAAAUAAAAAAAUACAUCAUAAAGAGCGGUAGGCAACUCUGCCUCUUCCUUCUA